GCCCCGCCCCGUCACAAGGCCCCGCUGCGUCUUCCGAGCCGCAGGCGCAGGCCCAGCCGAGCGGCCGCCGAGCGGGUGCGGGUGCGGGCGCACCGGCCAUCACCGCGCGGCCGCGCAGCGGACACCGUGGGUACCGGCCUGCGGCGCCCCGCCACCGGGGCGGACCGCGGAACCCGAGGCCAUGUCCCAUGAAAAGAGUUUUUUGGUGUCUGGGGACAACUAUCCUCCCCCCAACCCUGGAUAUCCGGGGGGGCCCCAACCACCCAUGCCCCCCUAUGCUCAGCCUCCCUACCCUGGGGCCCCUUACCCACAGCCCCCUUUCCAGCCCUCCCCCUACGGUCAGCCAGGGUACCCCCAUGGCCCCAGCCCCUACCCCCAAGGGGGCUACCCACAGGGCCCCUACCCCCAAGGGGGCUACCCACAGGGCCCCUACCCACAAGAGGGCUACCCACAGGGCCCCUACCCCCAAGGGGGCUACCCCCAGGGGCCAUAUCCCCAGAGCCCCUUCCCCCCCAACCCCUAUGGACAGCCACAGGUCUUCCCAGGACAAGACCCUGACUCACCCCAGCAUGGAAACUACCAGGAGGAGGGUCCCCCAUCUUACUAUGACAACCAGGACUUCCCUGCCACCAACUGGGAUGACAAGAGCAUCCGACAGGCCUUCAUCCGCAAGGUGUUCCUAGUGCUGACCUUGCAGCUGUCGGUGACCCUGUCCACGGUGUCUGUGUUCACUUUUGUUGCGGAGGUGAAGGGCUUUGUCCGAGAGAACGUCUGGACCUACUAUGUCUCCUAUGCUGUCUUCUUCAUCUCCCUCAUCGUCCUCAGCUGUUGUGGGGACUUCCGGCGAAAGCACCCCUGGAACCUUGUUGCACUGGUAACCCCCAAACCUGAGCCUCUGGGCCCGGGUCUGGCCGUGCAGUCCCACACGCCCACUCUUCCAGGCCUGGUCACCGUGGUUCUCCUGGUGCUCAUGAGGCAGGGGCGGGCAGGGGUGGCAUGGGGGCACACACCCAAGGCCAGCCUGUGUCUCCCACCCGCAGUCGGUCCUGACCGCCAGCCUGUCGUACAUGGUGGGGAUGAUCGCCAGCUUCUACAACACCGAGGCAGUCAUCAUGGCCGUGGGCAUCACCACAGCCGUCUGCUUCACCGUCGUCAUCUUCUCCAUGCAGGUGAGGGGCCUCCCGUGGCCGGGCUGUGGCCGCAGGGGCUGAGCAGCUUUCUCAGGCCCAGCCCCAUGGCCCAUUCCUCUCCCACCUGCAGACCCGCUAUGACUUCACCUCAUGCAUGGGCGUGCUCCUGGUGAGCAUGGUGGUGCUCUUCAUCUUCGCCAUCCUCUGCAUCUUCAUCCGGAACCGCAUCCUGGAGAUUGUGUACGCCUCACUGGGCGCUCUGCUCUUCACCUGCGUGAGUGAGGGGUGACCUUGGCCAGGGGUGGGAUGCUGGGCAGGCAGUCUUGUCCCUCAACACCACUGUGCUGUCACCUCCAGUUCUUGGCAGUGGACACCCAGCUGCUGCUGGGGAACAAGCAGCUGUCCCUGAGCCCAGAAGAGUAUGUGUUUGCUGCGCUGAACCUGUACACAGACAUCAUCAACAUCUUCCUGUACAUCCUCACCAUCAUUGGCCGCGCCAAGGAGUAGCCGAGCUCCAGCUCGCUGUGCCCGCUCAGGUGGCAUGGCUGGCCUGGACCCUGCCCCUGGCACAGCAGUGCCAGCUGUACUUCCCCUCUCUCUUGUCCCCAGGCACAGUCUGGGGCAAAGGAUGCCUCUCUCCAACCCUCCUGUAUGUACACUGCAGAUACUUCCAUUUGGAUCCUCUGUGGCCACAGCAUGGCCCCUUUAGUCCUCCCGCCCCCGCCAAGGGGCACCAAGGCCACGUUUCCGUGCCACCUCCUGUCUACUCAUUGUUGCAUGAGCCCUGUCUGCCAGCCCACCCCAGGGACUGGGGGCAGCACCAGGUCCCGGGGAGAGGGAUUGAGCCAAGAGGUGAGGGUGCACGUCUUCCCUCCUGUCCCAGCUCCCCAGCCUGGCGUAGAGCACCCCUCCCCUCCCCCCCCCCACCCUGGAGUGCUGCCCUCUGGGGACAUGCGGAGUGGGGUUCUUAUCCCUGUGCUGAGCCCUGAGGGCAGAGAGGAUGGCAUGUUUCAGGGGAGGGGGACGCCUUCCUCUCAAUUUGCUGUCAGUGAAAUUCCAAUAAAUGGGAUUUGCUCUCUGC